UCUGUGAGCUGUGAUUGGACGGAAAGUCCGGUGCUGCAGUGAAGGCUGUCCGCUGCUCGGUCACCGUCACGUAUAAAUACCGUGACAUCGGACCGGUGAGUUCCACACUAAUAUCACGGAGUUCCCGUUUUACCUCCCGGAAGUCACCGUAACACACAGGAUGCCAGGAUCCGCCUCGAUCAGCUGUUUGGGACCGUGGCCCAAAGAUGUAGGCAUCAUGGCCUUGGAGCUGUACUUCCCGUCUCAGUAUGUGGACCAGGCGGAGUUGGAGCAGUUUGAUGGCGUGGCGGCGGGUAAAUACACGGUGGGACUGGGUCAGGCUCGAAUGGGUUUCUGCUCAGACUGCGAGGACAUCAACUCGCUGUGCCUGACGGUGGUGCAGAGGCUGAUGGAGAGGAACAACCUGUCCUACGACAGCGUGGGCCGGCUCGAGGUCGGCACAGAAACCAUCAUUGACAAAUCCAAGUCGGUGAAGACGGUCAUCAUGCAGCUGUUCGAGGACUCGGGGAACACGGACGUGGAGGGAAUUGACACCACCAACGCCUGCUACGGAGGCACCGCCGCACUCUUCAACGCCGUCAACUGGGUGGAGUCCAGCUCCUGGGACGGUCGCUAUGCGUUGGUGGUGGCGGGGGACAUCGCCGUAUACGCCACAGGAAGUGCUCGGCCUACGGGGGGCGCAGGAGCGGUGGCCAUGCUGGUCGGUCCAAACGCUCCGCUGGCCUUUGAGCGAGGUCUGAGAGGAACCCACAUGCAGCACGCGUACGACUUCUACAAACCGGACCUGGUCUCUGAGUACCCCGUGGUGGACGGGAAGCUCUCCAUAGAGUGCUACCUGAGCGCUCUGGACCGCUGCUACUCCGUGUACCGCAGUAAGAUCCAGGCUCAGUGGCAGAGAGACGGCGUGGAGAAGCUGUUCAGCCUGGAGGACUUUGGCUUCCUGCUCUUUCACUCUCCGUACUGUAAGCUCGUUCAGAAGUCUUUAGCUCGCCUCAUGCUCAACGACUUCCUGAGUCACCCGAGUCCCAACAUGCAGAGCGGCGCCUUCACGGGACUCGAGGCCUUCAGAGACGUACGAGUUGAGGACACGUACUUUGACCGUGACGUGGAGAAGGCGUUCAUGAAGGCGAGCUCUGAUCUGUUCGAGGAGAAGACGAGGAGCUCCCUCCUCGUGUCCAAUCAGAACGGGAACAUGUACACGCCGUCCGUGUACGGCUGCCUCGCCUCGCUGCUCGCCCAAUGCACGCCGUCUCAGAUGGCGGGCCAGAGGAUCGGUCUCUUCUCUUACGGGUCGGGUUUUGCUGCCACACUUUAUUCUCUCAGAGUGACUCAGGAUCACACACCAGGGUCCAGUCUGGACAAACUGGUUUCCAGUCUGAGCGACCUGCAGGUCAGACUGGACUCCAGGAAGAAGGUCUCACCUGCCGUCUUCUCUGAGAACAUGAAGCUGAGGGAGGAGACUCAUCACCUGGCGAGCUACGUCCCUCGCGGCGCUGCCGACGAUUUGUUUCCGGGGACCUGGUACCUGACCCGAGUGGACGACAAACACCGCAGAGAGUACGCACGCCGACCUCUGACCCACGAGCUGCCUGCAGAGCCGGUCCGCUCCAACCACACCGCCGAGCACGUCCCCAGUCCCGCCAAGAAGAUGCCUCGUAUCCCAGCAGCCCCUGCAGGUCCUGAGGCCGCCGUCACUAACUGAGCGCGCUCACACCAGCUCUGAGACUAGAGACAGUAGAGGUCAAAGGUUAGACAGAAC